AUGUCUACCACAGCAGCCAACUUCAUCCUUUCCAACAUCCUCGGUCUCGGCCUGGUCACCAUCACGUCGCCCACAAGCCCCGUCAUCCUGCUCCUAGUCGCCGAGAAGGGCCCCUUCAUCACAUACGAGUAUCUCCUGUCGGCGGUAGACCUGACGCUCGCCCUCGUCAUCAGCUUCCUCGUCCUAUGCAACCUCGAGCACAAGUGGAUCGCAAAGAACUACUCGUUCCCAUACGCCUUCCACCCCGUACGCAACCUCGGUGCCAAGGCGCUCCAAUUCCAGCUCGUCCUCUUCGAAGUCUACCACCUCCAUUUGUUUUCGCGCAUCACCCACAUCCUCACUCUACUCGUCGAAGAAGCCGCCUGGCUGUUCCUCAUCCAAGGAACCUUUGGCGCCGUCGGCCUAGCCACCGCCAACGCCCUUCUCGCCUUGCAGGCAUUCAGCUACGGCGACGCCCUGCUCGGCGCGGCCAUCACCGCUCUGAAUCUGGCCGUUUCUCUCGCCGCGGCCAUCGGGUUCCAAGGGGUCGCGGACGGCGGCGGUGCCCUCGGCGGCAUCAAGAUCGGGCUCGUUUUGUGCGCGGCCCUGAGGACCGCGUCGCAUGUCGCGGAGCCGCUGCCGCCCGCGUACAAUGAGAGCAGUAAGUCGUUUGAGCGUAGUUUCGGGGUGAGCGGCUUCGAGUUUCUCUUUUCCAACACGCUGUUUGCCUUUUGGCUCUUUUGCUACGGGGUCAUUCAGGAGAUGGGCGCCGGCAUGCCGGGCCGCCUGUUUAAUAUUGCCGUGGCCGAGGUCAUGUACUCGGCGGGGUAUCAGGGGAAGUCUGCGUGGGAUGUCGUCGUGGCCAAGGGGUGGGCUUGCGAAAUCGUCAAGAGAGGCUGGGAGGCGUAUCCCAUGUCGCAGGAGUUGCUUGCCUGGGUUGCGGUGCGUGAUGACAGCGGAUACCCGAUACUCUAG